UUAAAUUGAUAUUUUGUUUUUUUAUUUAUAAAAUUCAAGCAAAAGAAACAUUCGACAAUACUGAUUGUCAUGUUUAUGUACACGUGCUGAGUAUUAUGUAGGUCGUCAGUGACGACGAUAUUAAUUAUAAACUCAGCAAAAUGUGAUUGAUUCCUCAACUCGGUUAUUUUCUUACCAUUCACACUUUGUCUCUGACGAACGUUGUACUACAGUGCGAUUGCUUCUAUUCUUAUAAUGGCUCAAUCUCCUGACAUCAUGUUAUCCCAGUACGCUCAAGAUCCGCUGGAGGGAUUUACGCAAGAAUUUCCGGAGCUGUGUUCCAGACUCCACGCGCACGCUGUUCAAAGACAAGUGAAAAAGCCUAAGAAUAAAAAAGGUGUUUCAAAAAGAAGACUAGGACCGACGAAAUCCUAUGUGAUAACGAAAAAUCAGAAAGGAAAGAGGCUCAUCAAAAUAGAAGUUAUUGAUAUUGUGAGUGAUACGGGAUCGGCUUCAUCCUCAGAAAUCACCGACCAAGAGGAUAAUGUGCUGAUCAGCGCACAAUACGUGGUCCAGGAUUCAUACGACGAAAUCAUGGACCUCACUGACAAUCUUGUUCAAAAAAUAUCGAAAAAACUUUGUGGUGAUAACUUUUAGUGUUUUUUAAGUGUAUA